AUGGCACCAACCACUAAACCCAAAGUUCGCAAACGCAAGCCGCGUCUGAGAAAGAAGAACCGUGGUAUCCGCACUCGCGAAGGUCACGCACGUCCGGUAGAUGCAGGCUCGCCAGCACAACCGCUUGCCGAAGUGCGCAACGAGACGACGAAGCGUCGUAAACCUAAGAAAACAUGGGCAGCGCUCAUUCCUGUCUCGGAUGAUCCACUCGAAAAAAACAUUGUUGAGCAGGUACCCUUGCCAGAUGGUUACAUUCUAGUACCCAAGGGUGAUGUCUAUAUCACCCGACACUGCCGCAGUAAGACCAAAGAGUCCGAGCGAAUUGUCUAUGUUGUCUAUAACCACACGGGCAAAAGAACGCUGGGAAUCCGAGUGCCUGAAGAAAUUUACACAGAAGUUCUCGAAUCAGCCGCCGCAACAAAGGAAUCACGCGCUAAUGCCGUGCAAGUGCGCGACGCCAAGGAUCUCUCCAAAGCCCGAGAGCUCCUGAAGAAUGAAUUCCCGCUUAUGCCCAAGGAAACACUCAAAACCGUCCUGGAGCAUGCCUUCCUCAAGGGAUCGGGGCGCGUAGGGCGAACAGCGAUGAUCAGUGAUAAUCGUAAGACGCUAUUAGCUGUUGAGGCACAUAUUCGACAUGUCCAUACGCCUUAUGAGAAGUUGCUUGAAGGCGGCGUCAGUCGGAAGAAUGCUCGUGAGCAGGUCUGGUCUACUAUUCAGGCUGUUGAGCGGGCUUGGCAGGGGUCUGAGAAAAGUGAGACUACAUUGACGUUGCGCCCGGUGGAUAAGUGA